AUGGAGCCCCAAGAAGAGUUUAUUACCACCGAAGAAGUUGAGCAAGAGAUUGUGCCCUCUGUGGAGGCGGAACAGGACGCUCCUAUGGACAUUGAAGAGGAGAGUGACGAUGAUGCGAUGGGUAACGAAGAUGAGGAGGACAAUUUGGAGGUCGAUAUGUCCAACAACUCGCACACAUACUUCGACAAGCACACGGACUCUGUGUUUUCUAUUGGCCACCAUCCCAGCCUGCCGCUAGUCUGCACCGGUGGGGGUGACAAUCUGGCACAUCUUUGGACAUCGCACUCACAACCACCAAAAUUUGCCGGUACGUUGACCGGUUACGGUGAAUCGGUGAUCUCGUGUUCGUUCACUUGUGAGGGGAGUUUCUUAGUCACUGCUGAUAUGUCCGGGAAAGUUCUCGUGCACAUGAGCCAAAAAGGCGGCGCACAAUGGAAACUAGCGUCACAAAUGCAGGAAGUCGAAGAGAUUGUUUGGUUGAAAGCCCACCCUACCAUAGCAAGAACGUUUGCAUUCGGUGCUACAGAUGGGUCCGUUUGGUGCUACCAAAUCAACGAACAAGACGGUUCUUUGGAACAGUUGAUGUCUGGUUUCGUACACCAAGAAGAUUGCUCCAUGGGUGAGUUUAUUAAUAUUGACAAGGGUGAAAACACCUUAGAGUUAGUAACUUGUUCCUUGGAUAGCACCAUUGUUGCAUGGAACUGUUUCACUGGACAACAAUUGUUCAAGAUCACACAGGCGGAGAUCAAAGGGCUGAAUGCUCCAUGGAUUUCCUUAUCAUUGGCCCCCACCACAUUAACCAAGGGUAACUCGGGCGUUGUAGCAUGUGGGUCCAAUAAUGGUCUUUUGGCGGUGAUCAACUGUAAUAGUAACGGUGCCGUUUUACAAUUGUCCACAGUGAUUGAAUUGAAGCCAGAACAGGACGAAUUAGACGCCUCUAUCGAAUCCAUUACAUGGUCGUCAAAAUUCUCGCUAAUGGCCAUUGGUCUUGUCUGCGGUGAAAUUCUUCUAUAUGAUACAAGCUCGUGGAGAGUAAGACACAAAUUUAUCCUGGAUGACUCUGUUACAAAACUAAUGUUUGACAACGAUGAUUUAUUUGUGUCAUCUAUUAACGGUAAAGUCUACCAGUUCAACGCAAGGACCGGUCAAGAAAAAUUCGCCUGUGUGGGACAUGGUAUGGGGGUUCUUGAUUUUAUAGUAUUACAUCCUGCUGCCGACGCCGGUGCUGAAGGAAAGAGGAAAAUAAUAACUGCAGGUGAURAGGGUGUAUCGUUGGUGUUUGAAGUGCCAAACUGA